UGACGGAUGUGAUCCCGGAAGUGCAAUCUCUGCGCCGGCCAAUGGCGGAGCGCUGCCGGGUGUUAUUGUUGUUUCCUGUCAGAUUGCGGCACAUACUUACCGGGGAUCGGUUCCUCUGUCGCUGUCUCCAGGUUCCGCCGCCAUGGGGGAGGCGGACAGGUUCUACUAUGUCUACAGCUGCGACCUGGACAUAAGUGUGCAGCUCAAGAUAGGAAGCCUAGAAGGAAAGCGGGAGCAGAAGAGCUACAAGGCGGUGCUGGAAGACCCCAUGCUGAAAUUCUCAGGGCUGUACCAGGACACCUGUUCUGAUCUCUAUGUUACCUGCCAGGUGUUUGCAGAAGGAAAGCCCCUAGCCCUCCCAGUGCGGACCUCUUACAAGGCUUUCAGCACCAGGUGGAACUGGAAUGAAUGGCUGAAGCUGCCGGUUAAAUACGCCGAUUUACCAAGAAGUGCUCAAGUGGCUCUGACAAUAUGGGACGUCUAUGGACCCGGAAAAGCUAUACCUGUGGGUGGUACAACGGUGUCUCUGUUUGGGAAGUACGGGAUGUUCCGGCAAGGAAUGCACGAUUUGAAGGUGUGGCCAAAUAUUGAAGCCGAUGGGUCGGAGCCAACCAAAACACCUGGAAGGACAAGCAGUUCCUUAUCUGAAGAUCAGAUGAGCAGACUGGCCAAGGAGCCUGAUAAGGAACGAGUGGAGGAACUGACCAAGGCUCACCGGCAGGGUCACAUGGUGAAAGUGGACUGGCUGGACAGACUGACCUUCCGAGAGAUUGAAAUGAUCAAUGAGAGCGAAAAGCGCAGCUCCAACUUCAUGUACCUGAUGGUGGAGUUUCCGUGCGUGAAGAGCGACGAGAGGGAGUACGGAAUCGUGUAUUACGAGAAGGACGGCGACGAGUUCAGUCCGAUUUCCACCAGUGCUGAUAUAGUGCGAGUUCCGGAUCCCCAGAUGUCUAUGGAGAAUCUAGUGGAGAGCAAACACCACAAACUUGCCAGAAGCCUGCGGAGCGGCCCCUCAGACCAUGACCUGAAGCCAAACGCCGCCACGCGGGAUCAGCUCAAUAUAAUUGUCAGUUACCCGCCAACCAAACAGCUGACGUCAGAGGAGCAGGACCUGGUGUGGAAGUUCCGAUACUACCUCACAAGCCAGGAGAAGGCUCUCACCAAAUUUCUAAAAUGCGUCAACUGGGACUUACCUCAGGAGGCCAAGCAGGCUCUGGAGCUCCUGGGAAAGUGGAAACCUAUGGACGUGGAGGACUCUCUAGAGCUUCUCUCUUCACAUUUUACAAACCCAACGGUGCGACGCUACGCAGUUGCUCGGCUUCAGCAGGCGGAUGAUGAGGAUCUGCUGAUGUACCUGUUACAGUUAGUGCAAGCCCUGAAGUAUGAGAACUUUGAUGAUAUAAAGAAUGGAUUGGAGCCAACGAAGAGGGACAGCCAGGGCCCCAUGCUGGAGAGCUUGCUGACCUCCGGAAUAAACCCCAGCGACGUGGACAGUUCACAGAUCAUCUCCAGUAAUAUCCCGCGAUCUUCAUCUCCUGCUCCCUCUUCCAAGGGCAAGGAUGGUCUGGAAUCUGAAAGCCUUGAGCAAGAUCUCUGCACCUUCCUCAUCUCUAGAGCCUGCAAAAAUUCGACCCUGGCCAACUACUUAUACUGGUAUGUUAUAGUGGAGUGUGAAGACCAGGACACCCAGCAGAGAGGCCCGAAGACGCACGAGAUGUACAUGAAUGUCAUGAGGCGCUUCAGUCAGGCGCUACUUAAGGGCGACAAGUCGGUGCGGGUGAUGCGCUCGCUGCUGGCCACGCAGCAGACCUUCGUAGACCGUCUGGUCCAUCUGAUGAAAGCCGUGCAGCGCGAAAGUGGCAACCGCAAAAAGAAGAACGAGCGGCUUCAGGCCUUGUUGGCAGACAAUGAGAAGAUGAACCUGUCUGAGAUUGAGCCUAUCCCGCUGCCACUGGAACCGCAGGUGAAGAUCAGAGGCAUCAUCCCUGAGAAGGCCACACUCUUCAAGAGCGCCCUCAUGCCAGCAAAGUUGUACUUCAAAACGGAAGACGGAGGAAAAUACCCGGUAAUAUUCAAAAAUGGGGAUGACCUGCGGCAGGACCAGCUCAUUCUGCAGAUUAUCUCACUGAUGGACAAGCUGUUAAGAAAAGAAAAUCUGGAUCUGAAGUUAACACCUUACAAGGUUUUGGCGACGAGCACAAAACAUGGAUUCAUGCAGUUUAUCCAGUCUGUGCCUGUUGCAGAAGUUCUUGCCACAGAAGGAAGUAUCCAGAACUUUUUUAGAAAAUAUUCCCCAAGUGACAAAGGGCCGUAUGGAAUAAGUGCCGAGGUGAUGGACACGUACGUGAAAAGUUGUGCGGGAUACUGCGUCAUUACCUACAUUCUCGGAGUCGGAGACAGACAUCUGGACAAUCUCCUGUUAACCAAAACAGGCAAAUUGUUUCACAUCGAUUUUGGGUACAUCCUGGGCAGAGACCCCAAACCUCUCCCGCCCCCCAUGAAACUGAACAAAGAGAUGGUGGAAGGAAUGGGAGGAACGCAGAGUGAGCAGUACCAGGCUUUCCGCAAGCAGUGUUACACCGCAUUUCUACACCUGCGCAGAUAUUCCAACUUGAUUCUAAAUCUUUUCUCUCUGAUGGUGGAUGCCAAUAUCCCGGAUAUAGCGCUGGAGCCAGACAAGACCGUUAAAAAGUCUUUAGAAUGACUUAAUGACCCCAGAAGACCAAUGGCCGGCCCUUUGGCUGAUAUGACGGAUUUUCUCCUGGAUGGCGGUUUUCUUACACGUUGAACCCGCUGCGUUCUCCCUGUAUGUGAGCGGACGAUCUAGAACUUCAGCCGACUGGAUCAUUUCUCAGCAGCACAGUUUCCCCUGUUACCUUUAGUAAUAUCUUAUUUUUGAAUUUUGUAAUGUCAUUUCCAUUUUAUUGAAAUUGCUUUACUGAGAUGAUAAAAAGGCUGCAUGGCCCCCUCCUCCCAUAAACUGAGUGAUGGAUGUGUUCAGAGCCAUUUAACAAGACAAUACUAUACCUUGUUGGGGCAUUAAGCCGCUGCUUUCAGAUCCCGCAUUGAUUUCUUUUGCUAAGCCUUAAACAAGAAAUCUAUAUAUAUUUCAAGAAACUUAAAUUAGCUAAAGAUCUAUUUGGAUUGACCAGUGAAAAGAAUUUAUGCCGGUUGCUGGACUGCAGUCAAUAGUCAUUUUAGGUAUGAUGAUGCUGCUUUUACAGCCGCAAAACGCCACGAGGCGCAAGUGAGCCACGCCGAGCGGUGUAGUGUCUUUCUCGUGCAUUUGUGUGUCUUGGUUGCAGUGUGAUACGACAAAACAUCUUCAAGAGACUGCACGGAUUAGUUUGAUAUGAGACACUUAUAGUCCAGAUCUGUAUACGAAGCACAGCGGAACAUGAAAAAAAAAAAGCCGCGGUCGCUGCAUCAUAGCGCUUUGUAUACAGAGUGUGGGGUAAAUUUACUAAGAUGGGAGUUCUAUUUAAGAUGGGAUGUUGCCCUUAGCAACCAAUCAGAAUCCAGGUAUUCUCUUCUAGAAGGUGCUAGAUAAAUGAGAAGUAUUAUUUAUCAUUUAUUUAUUAACAGUUUCUUAUAUAGCGCAGCAAAUUCCGUUGAAGACAAAACUGGGUAAUAACAAACAGACAUAGAGGUAGGAGGGCCCUGCUCGCAAGCUUACAAUCUAUAGGGAAAUAGGCAUGGAUACAAAAGGAAAGGUGCUAUCUAUUGCAUAGUUGUCCGCCAGAUCGCAUCUGAUUGGUUGCUAUGGGCAACAUCCAAUUUUAAAUAGAACUCCCAUCUUAGCAAAUUUACCCCUUAGGGCUGUAUUCAAUAAGAGUCGGAAACUGCCGACUUGUCGGAAAGACGGCAGUUUCCGACUGGAAUAGGUCGGAAGGGGUUCUGACCUAUUCAAUAGGGGCACAUUUUUUCCGACAAGUCGGGAAACCCGGCUUGUCGGAAAGCAGUUGGAUCGGCGGAAUACCCGCCGAUCCACCUGCUGCUGUCGGAAACGGGGCCAAAUCCGACAGGUUUUGCCCCCCUUUCCAACAAACUCAAUCCAACUUGAAAACAAGUCGGAUUGAGGUGAGGAGCGGUGCGGCGGGCUACGGGGAUGAGAGUAGUACCUGUAGUGCCUCCCCCGCCGCCGCACAUAUCACUGCCGGCUCCGGCCGCCGCUGGAAGCUCCUCCGCCGGCCGUCUCCCUCUGCUCCCCCCGACGGCCGUCUCCCGCUGCUCCCCUGCCGGCCGCCUCACACUGCUUCCCCGCCAGCCGCCUCACGAUGCUCACCCCGCCAGCCGCCUCACAGUGCUCCACCCGCCGGCCGCCUCACACUGCUCCCCCGCCAGCCGCCUCACAGUGCUCCCCCGCCGGCCGCCGCACACUGCUCCCCCCGCCGGCCACCUCACGAUGCUCCCCCCACCGCUGCUGUCAGCGCAUCCGGCACCCACUGACAGCAGCGGCAAGACAGGACACAGGGAACAGCCAAAUCCGACAGUCGGAUUUGGCCGCUCUUUGAAUAGGGGUUGUCGGGUCCAUUCCGACAACUGCAUGUAGGAAUGGACCUGACUCUUAUUGAAUAUACCCCUAAGACUUUGUUGCAUAAAGAUAUACAAGUGUGGAAUAUAAAAUUAAUCAGUGCGGUCUCAUUAAUUAGUUUUGUUGCAUUUGGUUGCAAUUAAGAUGCAUAUUCACUCAAAUAAGUCGCUCUGCACAAGCCGAGUCGCACAGCACCAAAUACACUGAGAAGGGACGUUUGGAGUGACUCCAUCAAUAGUGUAUAUACAGAACUGGUCUGUUCCGCACUGGUCAUAGGAAAUGUCAUAGAAGAUGAUAGUAGGAAUCCAACAUUUAAUUAGUAAUGAAAAGUGAUUAAUGACGUUAAUAAAAUAUAACCUUUAAUAAUAAACCAUUAAAAUAA